AUGCCGGUUGAUCUGGACUCCGUCCUUGGCAUGUACUCCUCUCCGAAGACGAGGUUUUCCACGACGUUCAACGGCCACAAAGAUCUGGAGAUCCCACUGAACAGCGGAUCCAUUCUGCGUGAUGAGAAAUUGACGAUCGAACGACUCAUGCUUGUACCGCUCCCGCCCGCGUUUAUGGCAUUCUUGAGCGCCUGCGAAACAGCCCAAGGGGACUUUAAACAGCCUGAUCAGGUAGUCCACCUCGCUGCUGCUAUGUUUUUCGCAGGCUUCAAAAAUAUCGUCGCUACGCUCUGGUCGAUGACGGAUGCAGACGGGCCGGAGAUAGCUCGGUCUAUAUAUCAGAACAUAUUCAGCAGCGAAUCAGAUCACAUCGACCCCGACGAUAUCGCGUACGCCCUCGACGAGGCCAUCACGAAACUGCGGAUCGCGCAGCCUGAGCCUUUCAGAUGGGAAUCGUAUGUACAUAUAGGGAUUUGA